AUGGCUUCUAAAAUACCCACAAUCAACUUCUCUCAAUUUCUUAACGGCGACCCUGAGACUCGUCUUGUAAUUUCCAAGUCCAUCGUCCAAGCCUUUCGUACAUACGGCUUCGUCUCUCUCACCGGCCACCCCGUUCCUCUAUCUGAAGUAUCCGGAGCCUUCAAGUGGACAAAAUUAUUCUUCGAUCUUCCUUCCGAAGUAAAAUCUCUUGCUCCACAUCCUCCAGGGUUUCUUCACCAUCGGGGGUACUCCCACCCGGGGCUAGAAAAGGUCUCGAACCUCACUCGAGGGACAGAUACCGAUUCUUCGCUAUCCCAGACCAGGGGAAUUCCCGAUAUCAAGGAAUCUUAUGAGAUUGGGUCGGAGCAUUAUCUCGAGCAACCGAAUAUAUGGAUUCCUCAAGAUGUUCUACCGGGGUUUCAAGAGUUUAUGACGAAAUUCUACUGGAAUCUGGCAGAGUUUUCAGCAGAGAUAGCAAAGGCCCUAGCGUUGGGUAUCGGGCUUGACGAUGAAAAUUACUUCGAGAAGUUUUUUACAGGGCAUCAUAAUCAAUUGAGAUUACUUCAUUAUCCCGAGGUUGAUGCUAGUAUUCUGGAAGAAGGAAAAGGCGUGAGGGUUUCAGCUCACCGUGAUUGGGGUGCUUUUACAUUACUAUUCCAAGAUGAUUGUGGAGGACUGGAGGUGGAAAGUCCUAACAAACCCGGCGAGUUUUUCAAAGUUGAACCGGACGAAGGCGCCUGUCUCGUAAAUAUUGCAGACUUGAUGGCACGCUGGAGCAAUGAUUACUUGCGGUCAACAUCCCAUAGAGUGGGUCUUCCACCGCUUCAAGAUCGAUACACUUCUGAUGGGGGGAAACGGACUACGAGGGCUAGGUAUUCGAUUCCCUACUUUGUAACUACAACUCCGGAAUCAGUUAUCGAGUGUCUGCAUCCCUUUACCGACGAGGCCCAUCCGGCGAAAUAUCCACCGAUCACCCAAUGGGACUACAGUAAGUCUAAAUCGAGCAUGCAAUAUAGCUAG